AUGAAACAAUAUAACCUGUCUCUGCUGGCCAUGAGUGAAGUCAGAUGGACAGGAACAGGGAAACAGAGACUGAACUCAGGGAAAGUCAUUAUAUGGUCUGGACGAAGUGAUAAUAACCAUCAUGAGGGAGUAGCUCUCCUCAUCAGCCAGAAAUUUGCCAAUACGGUCCUUCAGCGAAAGCCUAUAAAUGAACGUCUACUGUAUGUCAGACUUAACUCCCUAUACACGAAGGUCUCCAUUGUGAGUGCUUAUGCACCAACUGACAGCGCAGAAGAAGAAGCAGCAAAAGACAACUUCUACAGCUCUCUACAUGCAGUACUCAAUGACAUUCCAAGGCAUGAUGUCAUGCUUCUGAUGGGGGACUCCAUUGCAAGAGUGGGGCAGAUUAACCACAACAGGAGAAGAGUUAUGGGUCAACAUGCAGUGGGCGACCUCAAAGACAAUGGGGAAAGGCUCAUCAGCAUAUGUGAGGUAAAUGACUUUGUUAUAGGUGGUAGUCUCUUUGCUCAUAAAACCAUCCACAAGCUGACCUGGACAUCACCAGAUGGACGCACCAAAAGUCAGAUUGACCACAUUUUGAUCAACAGUAAAUGGAGGCACUCUCUCCAGGAUGUGCGAGCAAUGCGCCAUGCUGACAUUGGUAGUGACCACAAUCUUGUUAUAGCCAAGAUUUGUCUUAAGCUGAGAAAGGCCAAGAUCGGUACUAGUAACAGCAAGCGAUUUGAUGUUAGCAAGCUCAAGGACCCAAGUAGACAUGCCAAAUCGGAACGGUUAUCCAAAGACACGUGGACUACAAUUGAAGAGAGGAAACAACUAAAGAAGAACCUCAUAGAUGCAAAGUCACCUAGAUUGAAAGAUAGGGCAGCUGCCUUGUAUAGAAAGAAAGAUAAGGAAGUGAAGAAGUCAGCAAGGAGAGAUCGGCGCUACUAUAUGGAGCAACUCGCCGAGGAAGCACAGGAAGCCGCUGAAAGAAAAGACAUGAAAACCGUCUACCAGAUCACAAAGAAACUAAGAGGUGAUCAUGGUCCCAACCAAGACCUCCCGGCAAAAGCAGAAGAUGGCUCAGCGAUUACAGAGGAAUUGACAAAACUAUAG